CUGCCGCCUGGUCUUACUCCCCUCCCAAUAGUGGGAAAUGUUCUCAGUCUUGAUGUCGCUCGGUCUUGGCUGAUCUUCAAUGCCUGGAGAUCCACAUAUGGUGACAUCAUUUAUGCUCGUCUGCUCAAUAAGCCUGUCGUUGUGAUUAACGCUGAGGAGGUCGCAAGAGACUUCUUUGAAGGGCGCUCUACCAUAUAUUCAGAUAAACCCCAGUCGAUCACAGGCAAUAUAUCGGUAUAUAUUAUGUUGAUGUGUCUGAUGUGCAGCAGGUGGCACCUUCACCGACGAAUUUUACAUCAGGCAUUUUGUCCAGCUGAGAUACCCACUUAUCACGCUGUACAACUCCGUUCCGCCCACAAAAUGUUGUUCGGUGUUCUACAAGACCCUGACAAUUAUGCAAGCCAUUUUCAGCUGUUAGUUGCAACAGUUCAUUUUGCUGAUGUUUAUCAGGUUUAUUUGACGCCAGGUGCUACUGUGAUGAUGGAAACAUUCCCUUUCCGUAUGUUUGCACAUGGAAUGAUGGCUUGCAAUUACAUCUCAAUGGUCGGCCUAGUUUUGAAGCUACCCAGCUGGUUUCCUGGUGCCACAUUCAAGCGAGCGUCAGUGGAGUGUUUAAAGGCAGGUCAUGACACGAAGGGUAUGCCCUUUCAACAUGUCGAAGAGAGGAUGGAGGCUGUCACUAUCACAUUUGCAGGUAUUCAAGAUGCAGAACUUUUCCCCCUCCAUGCUCGACUCUCUUUCUUGGUCUUCAGGGGAGUAAUAAUCAAUUUGCCUUCAACUCAGAUGACUUCCGUAUUACUUAUAUUUCUUCUUGCUAUUGUACUCCAUCUAGAGAUACAAACCAAAGCUCAAGCGGAGAUUGAUCGAGUCGUUGGCAAAGAUAGGCUCCCGGACUUCGAUGAUAGACCAGUGUUGUCUUAUGUGGAAGCUAUUUUGCGCGAAACACUCAGGUGGCACCCUGUGUUUCCGUUUGGCAUUCCGAACGCAAGAAAGACUAGUGACAUCUACAAAGGCUAUUUCAUCCCCAAAGGUUGGUAUCAUACUGAUCUACCAAAUAUCGCUGAUUAUCGAGAUUGUCAGGGGUUGUUGUAUUUGCAAGCCUGCACUACCUUACCAACAAAUCCCCAAAAUUGA